GCGACGAUUUGGGGGCAGUGAUGGCGAGGGAUAUCGCCGUGCGGUGUGGGGGGGGUCGGUCUGCCAUCUAAUCUAGGGAUAAGCUCAUACAUAUAGGGAUCGGAGUAUAUAAGAAAGGAAACAAUUUUUAUUAGCGAAUUAAUUAUAAUGUCGCCGGUAGGAUUGCCUCCAGGUUUCCGGUUCCACCCAACAGAUGAAGAGCUGGUGAACUAUUACCUCAAGAGGAAGAUUCAUGGCCUUGAAAUUGAGCUUGAUAUCAUCCCUGAUGUCGAUCUCUACAAGUGCGAACCUUGGGAAUUAGCAGAGAAGUCAUUUUUGCCAAGCAGAGAUCCGGAGUGGUAUUUCUUCGGACCAAGAGACAGGAAAUACCCAAACGGAUUCAGAACAAACCGGGCAACCCGAGCAGGGUAUUGGAAAUCAACCGGAAAAGAUCGGAGAGUGACGUCACAAAACCGGUCGAUCGGAAUGAAGAAAACAUUGGUUUACUACCGAGGGAGAGCUCCUCAGGGGAUCAGGACGGAUUGGGUUAUGCACGAGUAUCGGCUUGACGAUAGAGACUUCGAGGAUAUAUCCGCCGGCAUUCAGGUGGAGAGAAAUGAGAAUGAAUCCGGUGCUUUAGAUUAUGAGAUUCUAGGUCAUUCUCUUGGUAGAAAUCCAAAGUUUAUGGUUACUGCGGUAGAUUUAGGAAGAGAAUUGAUAAGGCGAAAGAUUAAACUUGCCUAUGGAGGAGGUAGUGUUGGCCUUCAAGAAGCUGUUGCUUCAACAGUCUUUACCAAUGGUGGUCUCGUUAGAGGUUUUAUUCCUGGGUACGUAGCAACACGAGGUGUCUAUGGACCUAUGUACGGUGUAGAGCAUACAGUUUCCAACAACUAUUACAAGUAUUUCGAGAUGAAUCAUGCCAUGGAAGCUUUCAUCAUUCUUCCCAGAGGAGUUGACACUAUGGAAGGUUUGUUCACCUUGAUCUCGUGGGCUUGUGAAGGGUUACACAAUAGACCCAUUGGUCUUUUGAACAUUGACGGUUAUUUCAAUAACCUACUCAAAUUUCUAGACGAUGCGGUGAGGCAAAACUUCAUGGCUUCCAGUCACAUGAAACUUUUUAUUUCUUCUUUCUUUGUUGACGAGCUUUUAGACAAACUAGAGUUUGCUAAAGCCUUCCCGGAUCCUAGAGCUAGUUAUGACAACUUUGUAAAUCCUGGAAGAUUAGACUUAGAAUUGCAUCUCUAACAUUUCCUUUGUAAUCCAAGUUGAAUUUAUGUUGAAAUCAUAUCGUCCACAAACAUUACGAUGAUAAGCAAUUAGGUCAUUAAUCGCUUCAUAACAAAGCAUCAGUUCAUUCAACAAGGUUGAGCGGUCUAUAGCUUCUAACAAGCAGGUUAUUUGAAUUCGACCGAAUAAGUCGCCAGUUCAUAGUAAAGGAUAGCAAUUCUU